AAAAAUGUCAGGCGACGAAGACGAAUUGAACAAAUAUGACGAUCCCAAUCUCAAAGGCUUAAAAAGGCACUUUAACAGUACUACUAUAAGAGGCAGAGCAAAUGUCGCCAUUGCAACCUAUGCUUCAGUAAUUGUCUAUAUUCUGUAUGCAAAAUUUAUCAAAGGCAGCAAUAAAUGCCCAGAGUGUCCUACUAUCCCUGCAGAAAAAGCUGACAAAUAAGUUACAGGACAAUUUUUAUUAUUUUUUAAAAAUGUUUGUUCUUCAAAUAUAAAUUCUAGGCGUCAUUACAUCACUUUGUAUCAUAAGUUUCUUCAUAAAUUCAUAAUCAACAACAAAGAAUGUGGUUGUUUUUGUCCAAAAUCCAACACAAAUUUGGAAAAUAAUGAAGUAACCACAUUCCAAACAAAGUAGAUUUUUUGCCUUUAAUAUUCCGUUUUAUGGCAGUAUAAUUUUUGAUAGGGUGAUAAGAUUAAAAUAAUAGAAGUGGUUGUUGAGUGCG